AUGGGUGCCUUCAACGCCUCUGAUGUGAACCUCCUCACGGCCAGCAAGGAGGACGUGUUCUGCUACUAUGCCAUCUCCGAGAACGACUACAACGGCCACCUCGGGGCCCGCAUCUCCUCCAUCUUCGUGAUUCUCUUCGUCUCCAUGGGCUUCACUGUCUUCCCCUACGUGUUUGCCCGCUACUUCGGCACGGGGGUCAUCCUGGCCACGGCCUUUGUGCACCUGCUGGACCCGGCCUACAAGCGCAUCGGGCCCACCACCUGUGUCGGCGUGUCCGGAUACUGGAACGAGUACUCCUGGUGUGCCGCCAUCGUGCUGAUCUUUCUCCUCGAUCUGGCGGCCGAGGUGUAUGUCGAGCACCAGUACGGCAUGCAUCGCGAUGAGGGCGCCCCCAAUGCUUUCAUCUCCAACGAUCCCCACCCCGCCCAUCAGCACCGCUGUCCCACGGACGGUGUCGCUGACGGACCUGGCGGCGGAGAGAAAGUCCCGGCCUCCAGAUCCACCGAAGACACGACCUCGUCCACGGAGCCCACAGGAUCCACGACCGCGGAAUCCGCCGAACGCUCGUUCCGGCAGCAGAUCGCGGGCUUCCUGAUCCUCGAGUUCGGGAUCAUCUUCCACUCGGUGAUCAUUGGGCUGAACCUGGGGGUGACGGGGUCGGAAUUCGCGACGCUGUAUCCGGUGCUGGUGUUCCACCAGUCCUUCGAAGGGCUGGGGAUCGGGGCGCGGCUGUCGGCCAUCCCGUUCGGCCCUCGCGUCUGGCUGCCCUACCUGGUGCUGAUCUCCAGCGCGCUGGUGGAGUUGCUGGCGCGCGACUUCAUCUUCGAUCCGUGCCGCACCCGGCGGCGGUCGAAGCUGCUGUACAUGGUGUUCUGCACGUUGCUGGGGGCGGGCAUCAUGGCGUUGAUCGGGAAGUGGGCGUGA